AUGGCCGACAAUGAUCUUUCUGACAUUCAAAUCCAGCAAUUGUUGAAGGAUGCUGAGGAGCGGAUGAGAAACACGAAGCAAGUCAUCACCAGUGAUGACGGCUCUACCAAGUUUUCUCUUCCAAACCUUGGUAAAUCUUCAACAUCUGCGAUUGCUCCAUAUAUCACUUCGGCAGGACAUACUGCACGCGUGGACACUUCUCAACUCGUACCUACCAAUGAGCGAAAGCUUGCCAACGGUGUGCGAACGGUGGAAGAUCCUGUCAUUAUGAAGGCAAAGGUUCUUGCGGAACAACAAGCUACUGCUGGAGCCAAGUGGUACAACAUGCCCAAAACACUAGUUACUCCUGAGCUCAAACGCGACCUUCAACUUCUCCGUCUUCGAAGUGUAUUGGACCCGAAACGGUUUUACAAGAAAGACUCAGCGAGAGCGGAAGUUCCCGAGUACUCUCAAGUGGGCACCGUCAUUGAAGGUCCUACCGAAUAUUUCUCUUCUCGACUCACCAACAAGGAACGCAAACAGACUUUCGUCGAACAAGUCCUUGCUGGCGAGCAGUCGAACCACAAGUUCCGCAACAAGUACAAUGAUAUCCAAGCUGCGAAGGCUAGUGGCAAAAAAGAACAUUACAAGAAGAUGAAGGCCUUGAGAAAAAGAAGGCUUGAUCAAAUAUUGACACGGGCAUCCUGUCCGCUUGAAAGCUCUAUUGCUAUCAUCACACCGAUAUUCUUAGUAGGUCUUGUGCUACGUGAAGUGGCCACUGGGGGACAAUCCAUAUGA